UAAAUGCGCCGCGACGCCGGUCUGACGGUUCUUGGCUUCAGAAUUUCUUUUUGGCGGGCAGAAUCUAUUCGACAGCCGAUUAUUAACUACUUUAGAAGCUUGUAAUCAAGAAAAAGACAAAUGGGUGAUAAAGACGGAGAAACAUUUGACGACGCUGUUGAGGAACGUGUUAUUAACGAAGAAUAUAAAAUAUGGAAAAAGAAUACACCGUUUUUGUACGAUUUGGUGAUGACCCAUGCAUUGGAAUGGCCAUCGUUGACUGCUCAAUGGUUACCUGAUGUUACAAGGCCUGAAGGUAAAGAUUAUUCGGUGCAUCGACUAAUUCUUGGUACUCAUACAUCGGACGAACAGAAUCAUCUUUUAAUUGCGAGUGUUCAAUUACCAAAUGAGGACGCUCAAUUUGAUGCCUCGCAUUAUGACAAUGAAAAAGGUGAAUUCGGUGGCUUUGGAUCGGUUAGUGGGAAAAUUGAAAUUGAAAUCAAGAUUAAUCAUGAGGGCGAAGUGAAUAGGGCGCGAUACAUGCCACAAAAUCCUUGCGUCAUCGCAACUAAAACUCCAUCAAGUGAUGUUCUCGUCUUCGAUUAUACGAAACAUCCCAGCAAACCUGAUCCCAAUGGCGAAUGUCAUCCGGAUCUUAGGUUGCGGGGACAUCAAAAAGAGGGUUAUGGACUUUCUUGGAAUCCGAAUCUUAAUGGUUAUUUGUUGAGUGCAUCUGACGACCACACCAUUUGCUUAUGGGACAUUAACGCAACUCCAAAAGAGAAUCGAGUUAUUGAUGCUAAAACUAUUUUUACCGGACACACCGCAGUCGUUGAGGAUGUCGCCUGGCAUCUUUUGCACGAAUCUCUCUUUGGAUCGGUUGCUGAUGAUCAAAAGCUGAUGAUUUGGGACACCAGAUGCAACAACGUUAGUAAACCGAGCCACACAGUUGACGCACACACCGCGGAGGUUAAUUGCUUGAGUUUUAAUCCAUAUUCGGAAUUUAUCUUGGCAACUGGAAGCGCUGACAAAACAGUGGCUCUGUGGGAUUUGAGAAAUUUAAAAUUAAAAUUACAUUCAUUCGAGUCGCAUAAGGACGAAAUUUUCCAAGUUCAAUGGUCACCGCAUAAUGAAACCAUUUUGGCGAGCAGUGGCACCGAUAGACGUUUGCAUGUCUGGGAUCUUAGCAAGAUUGGCGAAGAACAAUCUAGCGAAGAUGCUGAAGACGGUCCACCUGAAUUACUCUUUAUUCAUGGCGGACAUACAGCGAAGAUUAGCGACUUCUCCUGGAAUCCAAACGAGCCAUGGGUCAUUUGCUCCGUCUCUGAGGAUAACAUAAUGCAAGUCUGGCAGAUGGCUGAAAAUAUUUAUAACGACGAGGAGCCAGACACGCCAGCCAGUGAACUUGAGCCCGGUGCUUGAUAGUCUUCGAGAAAAAAAAUUCAUUUCCUCAAUAUUUAAAAGAAAAAAAAAAAAUCGUGAGUACCCCCUUUUUUCAAAAAAAAAACUCACUUUUUUUUGUAAAUUUUCUCUAGCUAAUGAAUUCCAAUUUAUUGAAAAGCAAUUAUUGUUGCCAUCAAAAUUAUUACUUUUUUCUUUGUUUUAAAAAUAAUUUUUUUCGAAUUAAUUUUUAAUUUAUAAAAAUGUGUUGAGAGCUUAUUUUUUUCUCCCCCCUUUUUUUUGACGUCUCGGCACAUAAAAUAAUUCGAAAUUUUAUUAUGUGCCGUCUUGAUAAAUUAUUUACGAAAAAAAAAUACGAUGGCCUCUAAAUUAAAAAAAAAACUAUUUUUUCAAUUCUUCAUUUUAGGUAAAAAUAAUAGUCAUAAUAUAUUUUUUGCCUAGUUUCUUUUUUUUAAAUCUACAUCCAAUAAAAAUUGUGAUUGUCGAGUAAAAAUAAAUGUGUUACUUUUUAAUGUUUUCAAUUUUCUACGUAGAUGUAAGCUUGGUAUCGAAUAAUUAUAUAAAAUUUGUAAAAUUUUUCUUAUUUUCGACAUCGUCCGAAUAAAACAUUUUUUCCAUAA